AUGGGAGGCAGACAGAUCCGACCCGCACGGGUCCUUCACACAGUCGCAGAGGAGCUCAACCACAAGAUCCUCGGUAGCAAAACCACACCAACGCCGCCAUGGUUUAAGGUCAUGCAGGAGGUUCCCCCAUCCGAGAGCCUCGUUCGAAACAUGAGCCCCCGACACCGAGCUCCCAACGCCAAAGCUACCAAGCCCAAGAACAUCUUCCGACCUCAAAGGAUAAUAUACCUUGAAGAUGCGCUACGAACAACAUUCUACAAAGACCAUCCUUGGGAGCUGGCAAGACCUCGUGUUAUUCUGGAGUCGGACGGAAAGGAUUAUCAGCACUGCGACUGGAGCAGGGGCUUGAAACAGCCCAAUAUUCCUUUAUCGGGUGAAUGUGUUGUGCAGCGUCAAAUGUGGUUGAUGGAGAAUGAGAAGCUUGGAAAGCGCAAGGCUUAUGAUGUGACACGUCGUGAAUUUUACCAUCUGCGUCAAGAGGAAGAGAUCGAGAAACGAGUGGCCGUCGAGGAGGCUAAGCAUGUAGGCGCUUACUUCGGCAGGACUCGUAUCGACGUUGCCCACACUCUCGAAGACCGCGAGUUCGAGAACUGGAAGCUCUGGGCUGGAAAGGAGACGGAGAGGCAAGAGUCGAAUCGCAACUCAGAUAUUGAGGACUUUGGUCUGGAUGAGGCGGAGGCUAUCCCAGAUGAUGCAGAGCCAGAGGUCAGAGCAGAGGCUGCAGAGGGCAAAAAGUCACCUUGA